AUGGCGUCCAAAGAAGGAGAAAAAGGAAAGAACGCUCAAGGCACUGGGGAUAACAAAGAAAAGCGUAGAAAAGAAUCAAUUCUAGAUUUGAGUAAGUAUUUGGAAAAAAGCAUUCGAGUGAAAUUUGCCGGUGGACGUGAAGCGGCGGGAAUAUUGAAGGGUUAUGAUCCUCUACUAAAUCUAGUACUCGAUAAUACAACAGAGUUUUUAAGAGAUCCAGAUGACCCGUACAAGCUACUUGACGACACUAGAGCCCUUGGUUUAGUUGUAUGCCGUGGAACAUCAGUUGUUUUAAUAUGUCCAAUGGAUGGUAUGGAGGCGAUACCAAAUCCAUUUAUUACUCAAGAGGGAUAG